GCACCGCACAGGUAAAAAGGCAUAAAGAAAAAAUAGGGGGCAAUUACAAAUUAUGAAAUCAGCGUUUCGGAAUACUCACUGCCUCACUCUCUCUCGCUACUCCUUAAACCCUAACCCCUCAAUUCUUCACUUUGUUCCCUUCAUUCCCUAUUCUCGUUCGCUUCCUUCGCCCGUUUCUAGAAGCCUUCCCUCUCGUUCCCCACUCUGCCUUGCUCUCUUUUCCACUACCAUGGCCGGCGGGGAUUCCGAAUCGCCGGUAACCUCUCCUUCUCUGGAGAAGCAGUUCGAGAAGUUCCGAGUCCAGCUAGAAGAUUCUGGUAGCUUACGUGAACGCAUUCGCGCCGUCGUUAUGGAAGUUGAGUCGGCCACUCGACUCAUGCAAGCUAGCCUCCUCCUCGUUCACCAAUCUAAGCCAAUUCCCCAGGUUUUAGAGAAGGCAAAUGCUCAGAUUAAUGUUCUAAAGGAUCUUUACAACAAACUUGCUGAAGUUGUUAGGGAAUGCCCUGGACAGUAUUACAGAUAUCAUGGGGAUUGGAGGAGUGAAACUCAAAUGGUAGUUUCUUUGCUUGCCUUUAUGCAUUGGUUGGAAACAGGAAAUCUGCUUAUGCAUACUGAAGCUGCGGUAACACUGGGAUUAAAUGAUUCAGAUUUUGCUUUAGAUCUGGAGGAUUAUCUUGUUGGUAUUUGUUUCAUGUCAAAUGAAAUGCCAAGAUAUGUGGUGAACCAAGUGACUGCUGGUGACUAUGAUUGUCCAAGAAAGGUGUUGAGGUUCUUGACAGAUCUUCAUGCAGCCUUCCGGAUGCUUAAUCUCCGAAAUGAUUUCCUGCGCAAGAAGUUUGAUAGUAUGAAGUAUGACCUAAAACGAGUUGAAGAGGUCUAUUAUGACGUGAAGAUUCGAGGCUUGGCAACCACUGGCGACUCUGUAGGUGAUCAAGGAAUCCUAAAGAUAUGAUAGUUUGCAAAAGUGUUAUGUAGAACUUUUAGAUUCACUCUUUCAUUUUCUCGACUACAAUUUCUUAGGGUAGUUUUGAUGCUUCACUGCGUGGUUUAAAGCCAAAUUUUGGUACCUAAACAAGGAAAGAAGGCUAAAUAAAAAGUUGUACCGAAAGCAUAUAUGAUUGUCGUAAUCCUUUUCAAAUUGUUUAGAAGUGCUUUCUGCGAUUCCAUCAUAAA